CUUUGUAUCCAUCCACAGACUUUAAUCAUCACCACGCCGCUUUUGCACAUGUUAGCAUUCAGUCGAAUAAUAAUUAUAUAAAAUGAGUUAGUUAAAUAUAUAUAACUUCACUGAGCUGUCUUCCGGUCAAAUUGCGAUGGCCUCAUUUUUCAAAUUGCGACGCACCAACUAUAAUUAAUCACUUUCCGAGCCUCAACUGCGCCAUUAUUGCCAUCUUUACUAAAGCUCUCUAGCAAGGUCAAAAGGCAACAGAAAGGGCAAAACAAAAAGGAAGUGGGGGAAAAAAGGACAAAAAAAUGUCCAAGUUCAUCUUGAGCUCGAGCAACCAAUUCGUACAGGCCACAACCGACACCAUCUACGUCUGGGAUUUCGGCGGCGACCUCAACUCCUACUUUUUCAAACCGGAGCGCACCACAUGGAAAGUGGUGGCCACCGUCCGGAGCACGCCGCCGCCGUCAGCCGGAACCCUGCAGGUCCCGAACUUCACGGGACUGGAGAUCUUCGGCACCGUACUGAGUGGAGCCAACCUGGUGAAGCUGGCAACCAACCUCUACUCGCUGCAGCUGUUCGCCAACCGCGAGGGCUAUGCGCUCGUGUAUUACAACUCCGACGGAAGCAAAGAUUACAAAGCAGGCACUGGUUCGGUGUGGAAGCUCAAUGAGCUGUACGACUGGAACUACCUUGGGGUCAAACAGGUCACCACCUGGACGUGGGACCGCUUCAGCAUGGCCAACGCCGGCGUCCUCAUUGCCUACAAGUCCGAGGUUGAUCAGUGGAAGAAGCAGGUGAGCGAGAAAGACAAAGAGAUUGCGAAACUGAAAGCUGCGGCAGCGGGGGCGUCGGACGAGAGCCUGUCUGCGGAUGGAAUAGUGGCGGAACUGAGGAAGGACAUAGAGGAGCAGAACAAACAGUUGGAGGAAGCGUACAAGGAGGUCGACGAGCUUAAUAAGCAACUGAAGCAGAAGAAGGAAGAAGUUGCUGCCAAGGAUAAAGAGAUUCAGGCUUUGAAAGCAUCAUCUGGUGGCGCUAAAUGAAGGUUUUGGAUGUCAUGAACUCGAUCGUCCGUGGAAUUAACAUUGUCGGAGUACUGUGUUUUUUUGCAUAAAAUUUUUAUCAAGCUGUUUAAUUUUUGUUAAGUUAAUUAUGGGAAUCAAGCUAAGAUCAUGAUUGCAAUUUUCAUUCAGUGGAUUUGGGAUUAAUAAAUGGACAUUUGGUUU